AACACACCAAGAGAAACUUACUGCCCACAGGAGCAGCGCACACUUGGAACUCUUCAAGAAGAGAAGGCGACCACAGUGAUUCUUUUGACAGCUAUCAUAGAGAGGUGACAGAAGACAAAGUAUUUCGAAGAUGCCUGAGAGCGCUGGACAUGUUAUGGAGGAGGAGGUGGAGACCUUUGCCUUCCAGGCUGAGAUUGCUCAGCUGAUGUCCCUUAUUAUCAACACUUUCUACUCAAACAAAGAGAUCUUCCUUAGAGAGCUCAUCUCCAACUCCUCAGAUGCCUUGGACAAAAUCAGAUAUGAAAGCUUGACAGACCCCAGCAGACUUGAGUCAUGCAAGGACCUAAAGAUUGAAAUCCGGCCUGACCUGCAUGCUCGCACUCUCACGCUGAUUGACACAGGUAUCGGCAUGACCAAGGCCGACCUGAUCAACAACCUGGGUACAAUCGCCAAGUCUGGCACCAAGGCUUUCAUGGAGGCUCUGCAGGCUGGAGCUGAUAUCUCCAUGAUUGGGCAGUUUGGUGUGGGUUUCUACUCUGCCUACCUGGUGGCUGAGAAGGUGACGGUCAUUACCAAGCACAAUGAUGAUGAGCAGUACGUGUGGGAGUCUGCAGCUGGAGGCUCAUUCACAGUCAAACCUGACAAUGGGGAGCCCAUUGGCAGAGGCACUAAAGUCAUUCUUCACCUGAAAGAAGAUCAGACAGAGUACUGCGAGGAGAAACGUGUCAAGGAAGUUGUGAAGAAGCACUCACAGUUCAUUGGCUACCCUAUUACACUUUUUGUGGAGAAGACAAGAGAGAAGGAGGUGGACUAUGAUGAGGGAGAGAAGGAGGAGGAAGUUGAGAAAGAGGCUGCUGAGAACAAAGACAAGCCUAAGAUUGAAGAUGUGGGCUCUGAUGAGGAUGAGGACUCUAAGGAUGGCAAGAAUAAGCGCAAGAAGAAGGUCAAGGAAAAGUACAUUGAUGCUCAGGAGCUGAACAAGACCAAGCCUAUCUGGACCCGUAACCCUGAUGACAUCACCAAUGAGGAGUACGGAGAGUUUUACAAGAGUCUUACCAAUGACUGGGAGGACCACCUGGCUGUCAAGCAUUUCUCUGUGGAGGGUCAGCUUGAGUUCCGCGCUUUGCUCUUUGUGCCGAGAAGAGCUGCUUUUGACCUGUUUGAAAACAAGAAAAAGAGAAACAACAUCAAGCUGUACGUGCGCAGGGUUUUCAUUAUGGAUAAUUGUGAGGAGCUGAUUCCAGAAUACCUUAAUUUCAUCAAGGGUGUGGUGGACUCUGAGGAUCUGCCCCUGAACAUCUCCAGAGAGAUGCUGCAGCAGAGCAAGAUUCUCAAGGUCAUCCGCAAGAACUUGGUCAAGAAGUGCUUGGAACUCUUCACUGAGCUAGCCGAGGACAAGGACAACUACAAGAAAUACUAUGAGCAGUUCUCAAAGAACAUCAAGCUUGGCAUCCAUGAAGAUUCUCAGAACAGAAAGAAGCUGUCUGACCUUCUGCGAUACUACACCUCUGUCUCUGGAGAUGAGAUGGUUUCCCUGAAAGACUAUGUUUCACGCAUGAAGGACAACCAGAAACAUAUCUACUACAUCACUGGUGAAACCAAAGACCAGGUGGCCAACUCUGCCUUUGUGGAGCGCCUUCGCAAAGCUGGCCUUGAGGUUAUUUACAUGAUCGAGCCCAUUGAUGAGUACUGUGUACAGCAGCUGAAGGAGUACGAUGGAAAGAACCUGGUUUCUGUGACCAAGGAAGGCCUGGAACUGCCUGAGGAUGAGGAUGAGAAGAAGAAGCAGGAGGAACUCCAAGCUAAAUUUGAAAACCUUUGCAAGAUCAUGAAGGACAUCCUCGAUAAGAAGAUUGAGAAGGUUACAGUCUCCAACCGCUUGGUUUCCUCCCCCUGCUGUAUUGUUACCAGCACCUAUGGCUGGACAGCCAAUAUGGAGAGGAUCAUGAAAUCUCAGGCCUUGAGAGAUAACUCCACCAUGGGCUACAUGACAGCUAAGAAGCAUCUUGAGAUCAACCCUGCACAUCCAAUCGUUGAAACCUUGAGGGAGAAGGCAGAAGCUGACAAGAAUGAUAAGGCUGUGAAGGACCUGGUCAUCCUCCUGUUUGAGACUGCACUGCUGUCUUCAGGUUUCACACUGGAAGACCCCCAGACCCAUGCCAACCGCAUCUACAGAAUGAUUAAACUGGGUCUUGGCAUUGAUGAUGAUGACUCUACAGUGGAGGAUCUUAUUCAGCCUGCUGAUGAAGAUAUGCCUGUUCUAGAAGGAGAUGACGAUACAUCAAGAAUGGAGGAAGUUGACUAAAAAUAUUUAGUAGACGCUUUUUUUCUAUUUAUUUUUUUGCUAUUGCAAAUAGACAUUUCAAUCUUACACAAUUCUGUUUUCUGUAACAGUAUCAGUAACUGUUGAAUAAAUUAUAUUAAAAAUGUUUUAGGCUAUAGACCACAGUGUGGCAUAGCAGUACAUUUUAUCAGCUGCUUAAACAUACUUACAACCAGUAAGAGUAAUAUAAAGUCAUUUGG